CGAGCACAUGCCUGGGAGACUUCAGUGAGCCCCUUAUGGGCACACACCCGGGCGUGAAGGGUUCAUGAUGGUUGAUGGCGAUCUUUGGUUGAUUACCCUGACACCUUUAAUCAGUUCGCACUGUUAUUUGGGAACGAUUAUCAGCUUUACAAUACAUAACGACGAUUCCGUAGUCCGGCUCCGUGCUAAGAUUUCCAGCUUUAAACGCAACUCUGGUUUUCGUGUCCCAAAGACAACGGCGAGAAUCUUCGGCCCUGACUUAAGUAUUCUGGCGGUUUUGUCGGCUAUUGUGAGUAUUCGCCAAAGAUGAUGUCUGGAAAGAAGCACAUAAGAAUUCGCGGAGGCUUUAGAAGUUAUAGAAGCGCAUGUCAGUCUCCAGGCCACGACGCCGGCGGGUCUAGCGAAUACUAUUCUCAGAAUUGGUUACGUUUAAUGAGCUGUGUUGGAAAACGGGGUAUCGGUUCGUUCCCAGUGUCACAUGCGCGGUAGCAAGCCAAUAGUAUUGCGCUUGGCUGAGCUC